AUGGGUCAGAUAUGCCCUGGGUACAGAGAUCCCUCAAGCCUCAUCUUUCGCGAUGAGAGCAACCAUGUCAUCAACCGGGCCCGCUUCAAAGUCUCCAAGAGGGCUUCAACAAACCACUCGGUGGAGCGCACGGCCCCACCACAGGCACAGAACCACACCUCCGCACCGAACCAACAACGAAACCCGUCCGCACCGGACUAUCACGCUAGCCGUCCCUCCGAUGUCGUCGGCGAGACCAUGCUGGGCAUGAGCGACGUCGAUCUCGGGGUCGCGACGUUCGCCGGCAGCAGCAUCAUGCCCGAGUUGAUGAGCUUCCACGACCCUUUCAACCUGGAUGAGACUGGGCUCUUCUCCCUCCAUCAGGAUGCCUCGCCCAGCGCCAUGCUGGUAACGGGUGACGGUUCUGGAUCCGCUACUCCUGUUCCUGCCUCCGUGUCUGGGCGUCAGUCCCGCGUCGGCGCUUCUAGCGCAGGCGGCGACGAUAUGGCUCUCGAUAAGUUCCCUGGUGACGACAGCAACCGCGGCGACCGCCAACAGCUAGGACACAGCAACUUUACCAGCAGUCAGCCCGAGGACAUGGCGCGUGGUCUCGAUUUCUUCCUCUCUCAUUAUGUCGUUCGGCAGUCCGGCCCCUCCUCCGGCUUCUUUGACUACGUUCCGGCUAUGCUGGCGCAGGACGACGGCGGCAAUGACAUGCUCGAGAGUGCCAUUCUGGCUCUCGGCUUCAGUGGGCUCGCUCGCACCACUAGCCAGACCGACCUGUUGACCCGGUCCAUGAUGAUGUACACCCGCACCAUGGAGCGCGUUAAUCUCGCGCUCGCCGACCCUCAGGCCGCCCGUCGCGACAGCACCAUCGUCUCUGUCCUCAUCCUCGCCUUCUACGAGUUCAGCAAGGCCUCUAUCGACGGCUGGAAGCACCAUGUUGAGGGAGCCACUUCGCUCCUUAAUCUGCGCGGCCGCUCCCAGUUCUCCACCCCGACCGGCCUGCUGAUCUUCAAGGAUGUCUUCUCCCAGCUCCUCACCAACUGCCUGCGCUCCGGUUCCCCCAUGCCCUCGAGCCUACGUAUGCUGCGCAUCGAGGCCGCCAACACCAUCAGCGUCUCGGAUCCCUACUGGGUCGCCUGCAGCGGCAUGGUCGAGCUUCUGGAUCUCUACCAGCAAAUUUCCCCGGGCGGCUACUCUUUUUUUCCCAACUCUUCCGGUGACUCCUCCUCCUCCUCCUCUCUCGCCGCCCCUUCUGAUUCCUCUAACCCCACAUCUACUGCCUCCGGUUCUUCCCCCGCCUCUACCUCCUCUAUGCUCUCUGGUUCUCUCAAGAGUGCCAACAUCUCCAUUGACCGCCUCGAGCGCUACCUCUCACAGGCGCUUGAGAUUGACUAUCGCCUCGAGAGCACCUUCUCCAAGUGCCCUCCCGAGUGGGAGUUCACGACUAAAUCGAACUCGUCUAGCAACAGCUACGAUCCGACUGGCAUCCAGCGCAACACCAACCACAUUUACCACGAUGUCUGGAUCGCCUCAACCUGGAACAGCAUGCGCGUCUGCCGCAUCCUCGCCAACCACGCCAUCAGCCACCUCCUUCUCCGCGGCGCUAGCACCGAUAGCAACUGGUUCUUCGACAACAACUACACCGAACGCUUGCACCAGGCCACCCAGAACAUCAUCCGCCUGCGUGAUGAGAUGCUUGCCUCCGUGUCCCAGCUCAUGGGCGACGUUACCUCCCCGGCGCAGGAUCUGCAGAAGCAGCAGCACGAGCGCUCCAAGAACAACGCCGGCUCGGCCGCCGGCGGCUACUUUGCCUGCUGGGUUCUCCUCACAGUGGGCAGCAUGCACAACCUCACCCAUGAGAUCCGCGCUUGGACGGUCGCUCAGUUGCGCAGAAUCAGCUGCCAGACAGGUAUUGCGCAGGCAGAUGAUUUCGCCAACUUUGUUCAAUCAAGCAACCUCCGUCCACCAUUGAGUGGAUAG